AUUUUAAAUUUUUAGGUAAUUUAUUUCCACUGAAGUAUUUCAAAAUUUGUUUGAGUUAGAAGGCAUUAUAUCAAGUUAAAAUGUGAUUCAUGAUGAUGACGUUAAUCUGACACAAGAGUCUUGACUAUGAAUGAUUGACAAUCCAUAUGAAUAUCUUAAGGCAUAAGAAACUUUAUGCAAAUGUUUCAGUAUUGAAUUAAAUCCUAAAUUCUUUGCCAGAUUUAGAUUUUUCAAUGCUUUUGUUUUUGAGUGUGCAGCCCCAGUUCAGGAAAAAGCACAAGUUCAUGUUUAUAUGCCACCUGAGGUUUUAGUAAGGAUUGAUGUCCCAAUAGAAGUUCUGAAGUCAUUUUACUUACUGCCAUCAUUAAUGUACCACUUAGAAUCCUUGAUGUUAGCAAGCCAGCUAAGAAAGGAGAUUGAUUUUAACACUUGCAGCUUUCAGAUACCAAGUUCAUUGAUUCUUGAAGCACUUACAACAAUGAAAUGUUCUGAAAGCUUCUCAAUGGAGCGUUUGGAAUUGCUUGGAGAUUCUGUUCUGAAGUAUGCAGUGAGCUGCCACCUUUUCCUUAGAUAUCCCGAGAAACAUGAAGGGCAAUUAUCUGAAUGGCGUUCAUGUCUUACUUCCAAUUCAGCGCUGCAUAGAUUUGGAACAGAUCGCAAAUUACAGGGAUAUAUACGUGACAGUGCAUUUGAACCACGUCGUUGGGUAGCUCCAGGGCAGCAUUGUAUACACCCUGUUCCUUGUGGAUGUGAUGUGGAUACAUUUCAAGUGCCUUUGGAUAAAAGAUUCCAAACUGAUGAGCCAACAGUUAAGGUUGGAAAGUGCUGUGACAGAGGCCAUAGAUGGAUGUGUUCAAAAACCAUAGCUGAUUGUGUUGAGGCCCUCAUAGGAGUUUAUUAUGUACGGGGUGGGCAUACUGCUGCACUUCAUGUAAUGCAGUGGCUGGGUAUUGAUGUUGGGCUUGAUCCCCAAUUGGUACAUAAAGCCAUCACCAGGGCAUCAAUAAGGUCCUUUGUCCCAAAAGCUGAUGAUGUUAAAGCCUUAGAAUUAAAGCUUGGGUAUGAAUUUUCUACUAAGGGCCUGUUACAGGAGGCCAUAACACAUCCAUCUCAGCAAGAAUUGGAAGUGGGAAUUUGUUAUUGUUACCAGAGGCUUGAAUUUCUAGGCGAUUCAGUGUUAGGCCUGCUAAUUACACGGCAUCUUUAUCGGAGCUACCCCGAUAUUGAUCCUGGCAGGUUGUCUGAUCUGCGUUCGGAUGCUGUUAGCAAUGAAAACUUCGCACAAUGUUGUGUAAGAAGGAAUCUUCAGCCACAUCUUCAGCACUGCUCUGGGUUUCUUCAAAGUCAAGUAACAGAGUUCAUGAGUUCAAUGAUUGAAACUGAAAACAGCUCCAAAUUAAGAAUAAAAGCUCCAAAGGCUCUUGGGGACAUGGUAGAAAGCAUUGCAGGGGCUAUGCUUAUUGAUACCGAGCUUGAUAUUGAGGAAGUGUGGAGAACCUUUGAACCAUUAUUGUCUCCAAUUGUGACCCCUGAUAAUCUUGAACUUCCCUCCAUUCGUAAACUAAAUGAAUUGUGUGAUUGUCUUGGCUACUUUAUAAAAGAGAAAUCCACAAAAGAGGGAGAAAUGCAUCAUGUUGAACUUGGAUUGCAGCUGGAAGAUUUCCUAUUGAUAGGUAAAGGGAGUGAAAGAAGCAGAAAAAGAGCAAAAGGAGAAGCAGCACGUUGUUUGUUAGAGGAACUUGAGAAGAAGGAUAUUUUAUACUCCAAAUGCACUUCCAAGAGGAGAAAACAUGAUUUCGGUGAUGUUGGCAUUUCAUCUUCACUGGACAUAGGAGUCAAAAUAUGUAACCAAUUAACUGAUGAAGAUUCUCCUAACAACGGAAAGCAAAAGAUUACUGAAAGUGAUUGCCCAGCAGAGUCAACUGAAGAUUCUUUCCCAGUCAACAAUCUUUCUAAUAAAACCUGCAGUAUCAGUUCCAUCCCCACAGUUAUUGAAUCAAUCGACUUGAAGAAAGGAGGACCUCGAACAUCACUUUUUAGAAUAUGUAAGAUAUUACAGUGGCCAAUGCCAAAAUUCAGAUGCAUAGAAACUAAAUCCAGAACUCCAAUUGAAUUUGGUGAAGGCUCAAGCAAAAGAAGUGGUUUCAACAGUUUUGUAUCUAAAAUCAUCUUGCAGAUACCCAAUUCAUGCAUCAUUGAGUGUACUGGAGAUCCUAGAGCUGACAAGAAGAGUUCAUUUGACUCUGCAGCAAUUGCCUUGCUUUAUGAACUCGAACAUAAGAGAAGUAUAGUUAUCGGUAAGCCUUAAUUUCUUUCAUAUAAGAUGCAGAAAACUUCUCAUAAUUAAAAUUGAUGGAAAUUUCCAAGAGCAACUAAGAAGCAUUGAGAAAAAAAUUUGCUAAAGAAUCUACUUCUUGUGCAAUGGUUGUCAUCAUCUAGUAUAACAACAAGAAGUCCUUAGCCGGGUUCGGUUAAAUGAAUCAAAGGAAGCUAUUGUAUUUUGUCAAAAUCAAUUCUUCUAUACGGCCAUCUAAUUUUAUAUCCUUUUUAUUUGUUUUAUUUAGAGUCUUUCUUGGU